AGGGAGGGGAGAGAGAGGAGGGGAGAUGGGGAGAAAGAUGUGGAAGCAGGGAGAGAGAUGCAGAGGUGAGGGGAAAGAGAAAGAGGCGGACGGACGGGAUUCCCGGCACGUGUAAAGUGCUCUUUAAAUGUCGAAUGAAUGAAUGAAUGAAUGAGCAAGAAAUACCGACAGAGAGGGAGAGGUGGGGUGUGGGCAGAGAAAUGGGGAAGAAACGAUGGUACGAAUGAAGAUGACGAGAUAGAAGGAGAUGCAGACAGAGUCGUGGGCGAUAGGAGAGAGGAGGGCCGGGAAGAUAGAGAGAGAAGACCAGGUGUCUGGCACAUAGAAGGCGCCCAGGGGAAGAGCUGCCAAGUGGGCGGUGAGAUGAACAAGGAGAUAAAUGGAGAGAGAGCCAGACAGCAGGCCGAGGGCAUGGCCAGACGAGCAGCCGCUGAGCUGCUCCCCCGCCGGGUGACUCUCCCUGACGCUCACCCUGCCUCUUCUCCGCAGCAGCUCCCAGACGGCCUCCGCCUAGUCAACCCUCUGACCCAGACGCUCACCCUCAGAUCAUCUGGAAUCCCGAGUGACAAGCCUGCGGCUCACGUUAUAGCAAACCCCCAAAACAAGGGGGAGCUCCAGUGGCUGAACCGGCGUGCCAACACCCUCCUGGCCAACGGCAUGCAGCUGGUAGACAACCAGUUGGUGGUGCCUUCCGACGGGCUGUACCUCAUCUACUCCCAGGUCCUCUUCACGGGCCUGGGCUGCCCCUCCACCCCUGUGCUGUUCACCCACACCGUCAGCUGCGUUGCGGUCUCCUACAACAACAAGGUCAACCUCCUCUCUGCCAUCAAGAGCCCCUGCCAGAAGGAGACCGCAGAGGGGGCUGAGGCCAAGCCCUGGUACGAGCCCAUCUACCAGGGAGGGGUCUUCCAGCUGCAGAAGGGUGACAGACUGAGCGCCGAGGUCAACCUGCCUCGCUACCUGGACUUUGCUGAAUCUGGGCAGGUCUAUUUUGGGGUCAUUGCCCUGUGAGGGGAACACAGGUCCGUCCUCCCCCUACCCCACACCCAAUCUUUUCAUCAUCCAUUCUUUUAGACCUCCUCAUUCCCUUCUGGCUAGAAAGGGAAUUAGGGGCUCAGGGUCAGGUUCCAGGCUGAGGGCUUCGAACGGCGUCAUUAGAAAUCCAGGUUGUGAGGAGGUGUGGCCUGGACAACGGGGCACUGGCUGCCACCAAGAAUUCAAACGGGGCCUUCCAGAACUCCUGGGAGCCUCACGUUUUGAUCUCCGAAUUCAUCCUGGAAGACCGGGACCGUGAGGACCAGGGAGCCUUGGUUCUGGCCAGAACACUUGAGAACCUCCUUGAGAAGACCUCACCUAGAACUUGACAUGAACGGGGCUCAGGCCUUCCUCUUCAGAUGUUUCCAGAUUCUUCUCUGAGACAUGGGCCCAGCCCUCCUGGGGUGGGGGCAUCCCCUCUAUUUAUGAUUGCACUUGACAUUAUUUAUUAUUUAUUUAUUAUUUAUUUAUUUACUGAUGAAUGUAUUUAUGUGCGAGGCCGGGUGUUCUGGGGCAAGCCAAUGGCAGAGCGGCCUGGGCUCAGACGUGUUUUCUGUGAAAAUGGAGCUGAACUGCAGGCUGUUCGCAGCUCCCCUUUCCCGGCCUCCGGAUCUCCUUAUGCUUCCAUUUUUUAAAAACUAUUUAUUUGAUCAAGGUAUCUCAUUAAUGCUGAUCUGGUGACCGACUGUCGCUGUAUCGCUGAACCUCUGCUCCCCAGGGGAGUUGUGUCUGUAGUCGUCCUACUGGUCAGUGGCGAGAAAUAAAAUGUGCUUAGACAAGAAA